AUGCCAUCACCCUUUUUAAACCCCGGGUCUCGCGCGCAGCCCGAUAACAUUGCGCUCCUUCAUCUACGUCGCGAUCAGAGCAUUCCGACCAUUCUCCGCACUCAGGAUGACGAAUGCCAGGGUUACAAAGAAGGAAAAGUGACCACCACCCGUUUUGGAGUGUUCCCACACAGUACUAUGCUGGACCAACCAUGGGGUUCUCAAAUCGCCGCCUCAAAAGUCGACACAGGAUCCCGCGGCCGGAGACCAGCGAACCCAGCUAAGCGCAAGGCCGACGAGUUGGAUGGAUCCGGUACAACAACCGGUGCAGAGGAUGACGCACCUGCAAAAGCCGUUGCCGCCGCAAGUGGUUUCCUGCACUUGAUGUACCCUACCCCCGAAGCCUGGACCUUAUCACUUCCCCACCGUACCCAGGUCGUAUACUCUCCAGACUACAGCUACAUCCUGCACCGACUCCGAGUGCGCGCUGGUGGAACCAUUAUCGAGGCUGGCGCUGGAAGUGGUUCAUUUACCCACGCAUCCGUCCGCGCCGUAUUCAACGGAUACCCUGAAGAGCAGCAAAAGAAGCGGAAGUUGGGAAAAGUGUGCAGUUACGAGUUUCAUGAGCAGCGCGCUGGGCGGAUUCGUGAGGAGGUUUCACAACAUGGAUUGGAUGGUUUGGUGGAGGUGACACACCGUGACGUCUGCAAAGAUGGAUUCCUCUUGGGCGAUUCAGAAACGGGUUCCUCACCAAACGCCACUGCUGUUUUCCUGGAUUUACCUGCCCCAUGGCUUGCGCUGAAACACCUCGUCCGCAAGCCUGCCUCUGGUGGCCCCUCUCCACUUGAUCCGUCAUCGACCGUGUAUAUUUGUACCUUCUCACCAUGUCUCGAGCAAGUAGAGAAGACCGUCCGCGUGAUGCGACAGUUAUCGUGGUUGAACAUCGAGAUGGUCGAGGUACAAGACGAACGGAUUGAUGUGAAGCGGGAGCGUGUCGGUUUGGAUACUGAGGGAAUCAGAGGAGCAACCGUCUUCCCUACAACUGUUGAAGAAGCAGCAGAUAAGCUCUGGGCCGAAGAAGAGCGAGCGAAGAUUCUUCGUUCAGGCUCGAAGGACAAGAACCUUAGCCCGGAGGAGACGGCUGCUCUCAAGGAAGCUGAGCUUGCCAUUACUGAGACGAUAAAGCCGAAGACAUCUACACCGGCAUAUGACUUGGGCCGCUUGGUGCACCGCUCUGAGCCAGAGAUUAAGACUCACACCUCCUACUUGGUUUUUGCUAUUCUCCCCCGUGAAUGGACUGAGGAGGAUGAACAAAAGUGCCGUGAGCAGUGGCCUCCCAGCAAACUGGAUGCUCUUCUGGAUAAGGGCAAAAGCAAGAAGCAGAUGAAGCGGGAAUCCAAAUCACAACGCAUGGCGGAAUCAAUUGCGAAGAAAACAGCUGAGAAGGCUUCAGAGGCGGAUACUGAGACCUCAUGA